AUGACCUCCCAGUCUCGAGGCAUACCACCUCAAGAAGUCGACGGUACACCCGACUACUGCAACGAGUCUGUCUUCCGGCGCAACACUCUGCCUCCACGGACAUACUACAUCCCAGAGGAUGCCUCUGUCUCGCUCAAUGGCCGAUGGGACUUUCACUAUGCCCCCAGUCCUCGAGCUGCUCUGUACCCGACCGCAGAGAGGGGGCCGAGAUUCGAUAACGAGCUCAAGUGGAAGGACCAGUGGACUACCAUCCAGGUUCCUGGGCACUGGCAGCUUCAAGGCCACGGCAUUCCGCACUACACCAACGUCCAAUACCCAAUUCCCGUAUGUCCGCCCUUCGUGCCUUCGGAAAAUCCUACUGGCACCUAUCGCCGCUCCUUUUUUGUACCUGGCUCGUGGGCGUCUACCGACCAGCUGCGCUUGCGAUUCGACGGCAUUGACAGCGCCUACCACGUCUGGGUCAACGGUGUUCUCAUCGGCUACGCUCAAGGUUCUAGGAACCCUUCCGAGUUCGACAUAACCGAGUAUGUCGACCGCGCCGGUCCCAACGAGCUCGUUGUUCGAGUCUACCAAUGGUCAGAUGGCUCUUACAUCGAAGACCAGGAUCAGUGGUGGCUUUCGGGCAUCUUCCGCGACGUACACCUCUUGUCUUUUCCUCAAUCUCGCAUCGAGGACUGGUUCUUGCGCACAGAUCUCGAUACGAAGUACAAAAAUGGAACACUCAUUGCGGAGAUUGACGUCAAAACCGAAUCGCGCUCGGCGGUAUAUGUAUCUGUCCGGAAUCACAAUCAGGACAUUGUCGGCACUGCACAGGACUCAUGUGUUGGGAGUAGAAAGGCGAUACUCAGCAUCCCCAUUACCGAUGUACACAAAUGGACAGCGGAGAGCCCACAUCUCUACACUGUCGCAAUACAGCUCACGGUCAACGAUGUGUCUUCCCACACGGUUGAACAGAGGGUCGGGUUCCGCAAAGUCGAGCUGAAGAACGGACUGAUCUGCGUUAACGGGCAACCCAUCAGAUUCCGUGGCGUCAACCGACACGAUCAUCAUCCUACUUUCGGACGUGCUGUGCCGCUGGACUUCAUCAGAAAGGAUUUGCUGCUUAUGAAGACACAUAACAUCAACGCCUUACGAUGUAGCCAUUACCCAUCCCAUCCCAAGCUUUUAGACCUCGCCGAUGAGCUUGGACUCUGGGUCAUAGACGAGGCUGACCUGGAAUGUCACGGAUUCUACGACGCCAUUGCACGUCCCUUGGAUAUACCUGAAGAGGUGGAUUAUGAAGAGCGAAAGAAGCUUACUUUUACCCAUGCCGCCAAGUUCACCAGUGACAAUCCGUCCUGGAAAGCUGCGUACCUGGAUCGCAUGGCCCAGCUUAUACAUAGGGACAAGAACCACGCUUCUGUUAUUAUCUGGUCCUUGGGUAACGAGGCUUUCUACGGUCAAAAUCACAGAGCCAUGUACGAGCUUGCAAAAGACAUCGACCCGACAAGGCUGGUCCACUACGAAGGCGACCCCCAAGCCGAGUCUGCUGACAUGUACUCUUACAUGUAUCCACCAGUUGAGCGGUUGAUCAACCUCGCCAAGACUGAGGGCGUGAGGUCCGAUGGCACCUUUGAGAAGCCUAUAGUGCUUUGCGAAUACGCGCACGCAAUGGGAAACGGGCCUGGCUGGCUCGAGGAUUACGAAGAGGCCUUUCGCGCUCACCCUCGUCUUCAGGGAGGCUUUAUAUGGGAAUGGGCUAACCACGGUCUAUGGAAAGAAGAGCCUGAUGGCAAGUCCUACUAUGCUUACGGGGGUGAUUAUGGCGACGUUCCUAAUGACGGGACGUUUGUCAUGGACGGCCUACUGUACAGCACCCACAAGCCGACACCUGGCCUGCUCGAGCUUCAGAAAGUGUACCAACCUAUAAAGGUCGAGUUGGUUUACCGGUUUGAUGAAACGUGGGCGCUGAUUGUCACAAACUCAUACGACUUCGUCACGGUCGAUCAUCUAACCGCGACCUGGAAGUUCGAAUAUUUCAGUGAUUCAACUAGUAGGACCUUGCAUAGCUCUGGUGUACUGGAACUACCAUACAUCUCUCCACGAUCAUCAGAGAACGUCUUCUUGACUCCAAGCCGUCCAUCCUGGUUACAUGAUACGUGGUUGACAAUCUCAUUUCGCCUAAAAUGCCCAACAUCAUGGGCGGAACAGGGCCAUGAAGUUGCUUGGACUCAGAUCCCAGUUUCGUCUGACGAUAGGAGAUGGCGGAAAUAUUAUGGCUUGCUGUUGUCGCAAAUACCAGUGCAUUUCCCACCUGCAUGCGAAUCAGAUGGGGCAUCAACAACCAUCACGGGACAUAACUUUUCGGUCAACUUUGACAAUACACAAGGCCAUAUCACCAGCUGGAUAGCCGGCGGUGCGUCCCUUCUCGAAUCCAACCCGUCAACCGGGGCGGCUAUCAUCCCCUCCUUCUGGCGCCCACCCACCGAUAAUGAUAGCCCUAUCUCCCUCCCCUAUUGGAAGCGUUUUGGCGUCCAUGCCAUAACCAGUCAGCUCCGCUCUUUCGACGUUACCAUGACUGCUGACAAGGUUUCAAUCACGACCAAAACCUUCCUGUCCCCGCCGAUCCUCUCCUGGGGCUACCAUGCCCACACAGUCUACCAAAUCAACACGGCUGGCAUCAUCAGAAUCAGGAUGAUCCUCAAACCUCAAUCCUCCGAUCACGUCAACACACUGCCCGCCCACAUUCCCCGUGUGGGUCUUGAUCUCCGUCUCCCGCGCCGUUUCGAUGCCGUGAAGUGGUUCGGCCUGGGACCUGGAGAAUCCUAUCCUGACAAGCGCGCUGCUCAACGUGUCGGCAUUUGGUCUGUCGACCACAUCGCUGAUCUGCAGACCCCUUACGAAGUACCACAGGAGAACGGCAAUCGCAUGGGAACGAUGUGGCUAACCAUCCGCGAGCCUCAAGGAGCCGGACUACGGGUUGUAACAGGGCGGAGGGAGGACUGGUCGGAUAAUUGCGAGAGAGACUUCAGUUUCGUAGCGACGAGACACAGCCCAAGGAAUUUGGAAGAGGCAAAGCAUCCUUGCGAUCUCGUGGAAGACGAUGCCACGCUGGUGAGGCUUGACGCAAAGGUUGCGGGUGUGGGCACGGCAGCUUGCGGGCCGGGUGUGAGGGAGGAUUUACUCGUCAAGGUUGAAGAGAUGAAGUUCUCGUUUGAGUUGCAGCCUUUGAUUUGA